AUGUAGUUCAAAUCAGAGUCAUUUGAAAGUGAGUUAACGGAGUAUCUCCAAAUAGAACAAGAAUUUGAAAUUAAAUCGUUGUUUAAACAACUGAAAGUUUAAAAUUAGUAGUUGCCCAAUUAAAAGUCUAAAAAAAUUAAGAAGUUGAAACUAAACAUUCAAACGAAUUCAAUUAUGUAAAGAAGAAAUGUAAACGUACAAUAAAUUUGA